CGCUCCCCACACUGCCCGGGGGCGGCCGCGGCCGGCGCGUGUGGGGGGCGAGGCCAGCGGGCGGCGGCGGCCCCGGCUGCAGCCCGGGCCCCCGCCGCCCCCCCUGCCGCCCCCGCCCGGCCCACGCCCAGAGGCCGCCCCGGAGGCCGCAGCCAGCCGCCAGAUCUAAACAGAAUUAAGAAGAAAGAGCUUCCACAAUCACAGCAGAUGAAGAUCCACUGGUGAAUCAAUCAGAAUUUUUGGCCUGCCCUCCAAAGAAAAGGAGCGGAAAGAAUGUCGGAGCGGGCCGUGGAUGACGUCAGGGGGGAGCCGCGCCGAGCGGCGGCGGCAGCGGGCGGAGCGGUGGCGGCGGCCGCCCGGCAGCAGCAGCAACAGCAGCAGCAGCAGCCUCCGCAGCCCCAGCGGCAGCCGCCGCCGCCGCCGCGGCGCCUCCGGCCGGAGGACGGCGGCCCCGGCGCCGCCUCCACCUCGACCGCUGCCGCAAUGGCGACCGUCGGGGAGCGCAGGCCCCUGCCCAGUCCAGAAGCGAUGCUGGGACAGUCGUGGAAUCUGUGGGUCGAGGCUUCCAAACUUCCUGGGAAGGACGGGACGGAAUUGGACGAAAGUUUCAAGGAGUUUGGGAAAAACCGCGAAGUCAUGGGGCUCUGUCGCGAAGACAUGCCAAUAUUUGGUCUGUGUCCAGCCCACGAUGAUUUCUACUUGGUGGUGUGUAACGACUGUAAUCAGGUUGUCAAACCGCAGGCAUUUCAAUCACAUUACGAAAGAAGACAUAGCUCAUCCAGCAAGCCUUCUUUGGCUGUUCCUCCCAGUUCAGUAUUUUCCUUCUUCCCUUCUCUGUCCAAAAGCAAAGGUGGCAGUGGAAGUGGAAGCAGCCGUUCUUCCAGUGGAGGUGUUCUAAGCACAUCCUCAUUAAGUUCCAAGUUGCUGAAAUCACCCAAAGAGAAGUUCCAGCUCAGGGGGAACACCAGGCCAAUGCAUCCCAUUCAGCAAAGUAGAGUCCCCCAUGGUAGAAUCAUGACACCCUCUGUCAAAGUGGAAAAGAUUCAUCCAAAGAUGGAUGGCACACUACUGAAAUCUGCGGUGGGGCCCACCUGUCCUGCUACUGUGAGUUCCUCAGUCAAGCCUGGCCUUAACUGCUCCUCAAUACCAAAGCCAACCUUGCCUUCACCUGGACAGAUUCUGAAUGGCAAAGGGCUUCCUGCACCAUCCACUCUGGAAAAGAAGUCUGAAGAUAAUUCUAAUAACAGGAAAUUUUUAAAUAAGAGAUUAUCAGAAAGAGAGUUUGACCCUGACAUCCACUGUGGGGUCAUCGACCUCGACACCAAGAAGCCCUGCACCCGGUCUUUGACAUGCAAGACACAUUCCUUAACUCAGCGGAGGGCUGUCCAGGGUAGAAGAAAACGAUUUGAUGUGUUAUUAGCCGAGCACAAAAACAAAACCAGGGAAAAGGAAUCGAUUCGCCAUCCGGACUCUCAGCAACCAACGCAGCCUCUCAGGGACCCGCAGCCCACCCCUCCCAGACCUUCCCAGGAGCCACACCAAAACUCUCACGGAGUGAUUCCUUCUGAAUCAAAGCCUUUCGUAGCUAGUAAACCUAAACCUCACACCCCCAGUCUUCCAAGGCCUCCAGGCUGCCCUGCUCAGCAAGGUGGGAGUGCCCCCAUUGACCCUCCUCCAGUCCAUGAAUCUCCACACCCUCCCCUGCCUGCCACUGAGCCAGCUUCUCGAUUAUCCAGUGAGGAGGGAGAAGGCGAUGACAAAGAAGAGUCUGUUGACAAACUGGACUGUCAUUAUUCAGGUCAUCAUCCUCAGCCAGCAUCUUUUUGCACAUUCGGGAGCCGGCAGAUUGGAAGAGGCUAUUACGUGUUUGACUCCAGGUGGAACCGGCUUCGCUGCGCCCUCAACCUCAUGGUGGAGAAGCAUCUGAAUGCGCAGCUGUGGAAGAAAAUCCCGCCGGUGCCCAGCACCACACCCCCCGUCUCCACACGUGUUCCUCAUCGGACAAACUCUGUGCCGACGUCACAGUGUGGGGUCAGCUAUCUGGCGGGAGCCACUGUGUCGGCCUCCCCGGUCCUGCUCUCGUCCACCUGCAUCUCCCCGAACAGCAAAUCGGUACCAGCUCAUGGCACCACACUAAAUGCGCAGCCCGCCGCCUCUGGGGCAAUGGAUCCCGUGUGCAGUAUGCAACCCAGACAAGUGUCCUCUUCCUCCUCGUCCCCCUCCACGCCCUCAAGCCUGUCCUCGGUGCCCUCGUCCCCUAUGUCCAGGAAACCUCAGAAGUUGAAAUCCAGCAAGUCUUUAAGGCCCAAGGAGCCUUCUGGUAACAGCGCUAACUGUCACAACGCCAGUAGCAGUACCAGCGGUGGCUCAGGAAAGAAACGCAAAAACAGUUCCCCACUGUUAGUUCACUCUUCCUCCUCCUCCUCCUCCUCUUCUUCUCAUUCCAUGGAAUCUUUUCGGAAAAACUGUGUGGCGCCCUCUGGGACUCCCUACCCCUCCACGGUAACAUCUUCCCACGGCGUGGGCCUCAACUGUGUGGUAAAUAAGGCGAACUCGGUGAGUGUCCGGCACGAGCAGUCAGGGAGGGGCCCCCCGGGGGGGAGCCCUGCCGAAUCCAUCAAGAGGAUGAGUGUGAUGGUGAACAGCGGUGACUCCACGCUUUCUCUUGGCCCAUUCAUUCACCAGUCCAGCGAGCUGCCUGUCAACUCCCAUGGCAGCUACUCACACUCUCACACUCCUCUCGAUAGACUGAUCGGAAAGAAAAGAAAGUGCUCGCCCGGCUCCAGCAGCGUCAACAACAGCAGCAGCAAACCCACAAAGGUUGCCAAAUUGCCAGCCAUGAACAACGUCCACAUGAAACACGCGGGCACCAGCCCAGGGGCACAAGGACUGACGAACAGUUCCCUCCUUCAUCAGCCAAAGGCACGUCCCUGACAGCUGAAAAUAGCGCGGGGAGGAAUAAUCUGGACACUUUUGACGACAAGUUACACCUCCACUCAGCACUAUGGACUCCACGAUGCCUUUGAGUCUGUUUUCCCAACCUCCUGUGGGCCUCUGCCGGGCUGUUGUUGUAACAAGGAUUCCCCUGAAGCUCUGUCUGUAGCAGUGAGUACUUGUAAAGGACACUGGAUCAAGUUCAGCCACCGAGUUGCUUCUGUCAGUGUUAAAGUGGCCUGGACUGCUUGCUACCCAUCUGUGAGAAGCUGUUGCUUUGUUUUUUAACUUGCAGUAAAUCAUGGAGCCACUCUUUGAGUAGAUUGGCUGGGCGAAAGAAUGUCUUGGCAAGAGCAUUACUGUAGACUUUCCUCCCUUCUAACCCCUUCCUGUCCCAGUUCUUUUUUUACACUGUCUUCUGUACGUCACCCUCCAGCAGUUAGGUGCCCUGUCUGGAGACAACGUUCCAGAGGAGAGCAGAGCUGCGCCCUGAGCAACCCUCCAGAGAAGGGAUGUGCUGUUAGGGUUUUAUAGCAAUGUUCCAGGCAUGGAAUAUGGACAUGAGCGCAAGGCACCGUGACAAAAUAGCCUGUAUUUCCCCCAGCCUUUUGCAAGUAAUUUGGAGUAAGAAGCUGUCAAAGGUUUCUAACUUACAAACUGGUUUAAAGCCAUCGACGCCCAGAGAGCAAGUAUACCACAUUUUAGAGGCUUACUUUUCAUGGUACAAAAGCAAUUCUAUGUAAUUUCUUUCCUUCUUUCUUUUCUUUUUUUCUUAAGAAAAUGUAAAUGCAAAUUAGUUUUGAUAAUGGAAAGCCAAAUUUUGGUAGGGGGAUGGGGUGGGUAGAUAAAAUCACUAUGGAGGGCAUGUUUUCCCAAGAUUUCCAAAGAGAUGGAAUUUUUUAUCCUUUAAGUUUUCAUGUUAUUCAGAAAGGCAGAUUGGGUUGGUUGCCCUGCCCAGUCUCCUGGUUUUAAAAACUUGCCUUUGUUAAGUGAAAUGAUUAGGAUACAGCAGAAACUGUUCCUCACCGAGUCAUUAAUAUAUUAAAUGUUUCCAGGGCAUCGUGCGCAUUACCCUCAGUCUCUGUGGCGACUGGCCUGGGACUCCGUGUACAUUUCUGCUUUGAGCACUCCCCCUUUUGUGUGUGUCUCUUCCUCUCCGUAGGUUCAUCUGGAUGCCUUUGGGUAGGGAGCAGGCACCCAGGGAGGGGAGCAGGCAUAUGUGUACACAUGUCCAGGCCAAGGUGAUGGGAUGCACACACUUUCCUGCAAACCCUUCUUUCUGGUGAUUACUACCAGCCAUCUUCCAGAGAGAGUUUGGAGUCCCUCGAGGUUAUUUAUUUAUUUAUUAUUUUUUUUGAGUACCCCAUCCCAAAAGAAAGAGCUUCCUGUGUUAAAACUGUCAUUGCUUGAGAAGGUCUCAUUGCAUUGGGGAAUGAGCUGGGGCAUUUGAGCUGGUGAUUCCAUGAUCACAGCUCCUGAAACAAGAACCCAGGCACUUUUCCCUAGAGGAACGCGUAGAGUUACCGAACACCACAGGGUACAUAUCCCCAGGCUCUGAUCACUGCUCUGGGCAGGGCCUGGGCAGAGCCAGUCAGUGCAUCCUUUCUUUGCCUGCAAUUCUUGGGUUACAAACAUCAGUUUCAGGGAAUUUCAAGUCAACAACAAGUAGAAUGAAUGAAUAAAUACUUGGUUACCAGCCUAAUAAUGUGAAUUGCUACAGAAUUAUUCUUAUUAUGUAAGACAACAAAAACUUUAUGCAGAUACUUUAGCUAUAAAUUGAUGUAAAAUAUUGAUUUUUUUUAAAGGAAGGGGAGAAGAGUAUCUUGUUCACUUAUUAUGCAAUCAGUAAAUAUUUUUUAAAAAAUGAUACUAUAGGAGAGCUUAGUAAGGAGAGCGCAUGGAGGGGCCAGUUUGGUAUAGUUAGGAGAAAUCAGUCUGGGGUUCCAUCCCAGUAGAGGGAGAGAACGGAGGUGAGAGGGAAUCAGAACGGACUUGGUUGAUUCCUUGGUGACAAGUGCAAUGGGGAUAUGGGUAGAAAUUAUUUUCAGAGCCAAGGGGACUUGAUGGUUAUAAAUAAAGUUGCUUUUAGCGAUGGAAUUUAUAGACAGAUCAUGUUGUUCCGAAAGAUGUGAAUAGGAUCCAUGAUAGCAAGUUGAUUCAGAAUUCUGUAGAUAUUUAGAUAAGCGAGUGUUGAUCAUUUGAUUUCUUAGACUGAGGUUUUAAUUGGAUUUCAUUAUGUCUCCCGGUAGUACACAGAUCAUCGGGAUUAGGAAAUUAGCCAUUUUGGAUUCUGCCUGCCACAAACAGACCUAUUCUAAACAGUGCUAUUAAAUUUUAGACUGUUCAGAUAUUUUAUUUUCUCCUACAACUACUUUUUAUUAUAAUGAACAAUUAAGACCAUUUAAAACACGGGAGUACAAGUAUUUUUUUGAAUUAAAUUAACUUGCAAAAACCAAAUUUGCAGUGGUUGGGUUGUUUCUAGACAGACUUUGGUAUCAAUUUAAAACCAAGAUAAUUUUUAUAUUCUUUCCAAUAGAAUUUCAUGACAACUCCUGCAGUUUUCUUAACCUACAAAAGAAAAAAAGUGCUGCAUUGAUGAACAAAGAAUUCUACAAAACCUACUUUUGUAUCUUUAUUUUGGAAUUUCUUGUUCUAUUAUAAAUAUGGAAGUAUCCCUAUUUCAGAAGACAUAUUUUGUUAAAAAUGAAUUGUACAUAUUUAAAUAUGUAUUUUUGCACAGGUCUUUUUUUCUGAUAUCCUGUUUUGGUACAAUUGAGAUCAUCUAGUAUUUAUUUAUUAAUUAAUAAAAGUAAAUACCUUUUUAUAAUUUGAAGUGGUUCACUGCCAAGCCAAUAGUUCUAGAACCUGCCUCCUUUACAGUUUAAGGGAUGUCUCUGUUCUGUGAAAGUCUUUUUGUCCCUUUUAAUGUCUCGGGAGCGGAUUCAUGCCGAUCAAGUGGGCAUUGCUUCUCUAGUUGCCUGAUUUCCCGAUAGACUACACGUAACGAAGUGACACACUGCUUUUCUUUUGUUUGUGUUUUAUGUGUGAGUGCGAGUGCGCAUGUGUGCCUGUGCGUUUGUGUGUGCACACUCUGAGCACAUGUGUGUUCAUGUGUGAUGUGGUUUAAAACUAACGGGAAAAACUGAAAGUGCCUGAACCUAGUUUUAAGCUUCGACAGAUUCUUGAAAAAGACUUGAAUGUUCAGUUCAACUUUUGGAGUUUGCUUUUUCCACCUAAAUAUUGUUUCCGAAAUCUUAGGGGAGGAGUUGAAAACCACCAAUGCUGGUAAUUUUUAUAAGGUAUUUUAAAAUUAAGGCCUUUUGGUUCACAGUAAUUCAACUGGUGAUGGAUUGCCUGGUGGCACCAAGGGUUACAAAUCUUUUUUGUCAGCCAGCAACUUACACAAUAUGUCCGUUUUUGUUAUUCACUCAUGAAAUACAGAGUUUAAAAUAGAAUAUUUAAAAAAUUUUAUAUUCCAAAAAUAUAAUACAAAGUACCUCUGAGAACAUUGAAAAAUGUAUAAUUUGAAAAAAAAUGUAACUUAUAAAGGCAGCUGUCUUCCUGCAAGAGUUCUGUUGCCAAGGAAUUCUUACUAUCUCUCUGUCCGGGGAGCGGGGUGGGUGGGGGCUUUGGAAAAUGAUUGUUGAAAGUUUCAUUGUUUAGCAGAAAAUAAUCAUUUUUACAUUUUGUGCAAAACAUUCUACAUUUUCUGAUCAUUUAAAUGAGCACUACAUACUGUCAGUGUGAAUGUAGGGCCUUGAAAAGCAUUUUGCUGUUUCUUUGAGCUUGGUUAUAAAAGCAAUCUCCUGUGUUAAAAUGUGUGAAUAGUUUGAUAAUUUGUACACGUAAUCAAGAGCAUCUCAGCUGGACUUUGUGUUGGCUGCUGUAUAGAACAUGAACAAAUGUCAAGGGAUAGAAAAUGACUUUGGAUAUUUAAAAGAGAAGAAAUAUAUAGUCUAUUUGUUUUGUAACAAGUUUCUGUAAAUAAAAUAAUUUAUACUAUUUAUAAGAAAAGUUGUGCUUUGCUUUAUGAGAAAUUAGUUUGUGGAACAAACAUGUUACUAAAUGGGCAAUAAAAUUAGGACUUCUCAAUAAAUAAGGUUGGCUGCAUGAAA